AUGCUUGUGACUGUUCUGUCGUGGAAUGUAAAUAACAAAGAAGGGGUUGGAGAUGCCAUUCCGAAGAUAUUAGGGCACACCAACUCCGACAUGAUACUGAUAUCGCUACAAGAACACUUCGAUGUUUAUAGUAGCGUAAUAAAGCCUGUUUUGAAGAUGUAUCCGUCCUAUAGAGUGAUUUCUGUUGACAGAGUCUUUGGACUAUGGUCCAUUGUACUGUCAAAAGAAAGAUACACUGCAAGCACCAUAAGGAUGGGUUUUGGACCAUUAGGACUCAUUAACAAGGGUGUGUGUGUGACCAAGAUAUCGAAUGGGGUUAUAUUCAUAAGCUGCCAUUUGUCUGCACACCAGGAGAAUAACAAAAAGAGAUUGAAGGAGAUCAGGAAAAUAUUUGAAUGUAUUUGUGAUGAAGAGUCUCUAAAAAGUACUGACACUGUUAUCCUUGCUGGAGAUAUGAACUUCAGGAUUUCUGGAGGGCUAAAAAAUCUCGACUAUUCGAAGGCAAAGGAGAACGAUCAAUGCAACGAAUUUAAGAGGGCCUAUCCGUCAUUCUCAGAGGGCAUAAUAGAUUUCAAGCCAACCUACAAAUACAUUGUGGCCACCAAUGAGCUGUGCAGUGAGAGACAACCAUCGUGGUGUGACAGAGUAUUCGUGUCAACAUCCUAUACAAGCACGUUCAAUGCAUAUAGAUCGGCUUACAAUGUGAAGAUAAGUGACCACAAGCCUAUUGUUUGUGUGUUUGAGGUAGGUGGCAAGAGAAUAGAUAGAACGGCUAUCCCAAUGGUUGGAUACAAUGGGCAUCAAGUCAUACGUGGAUUUACAAGAUUUUACUGUGGUAUCUAUGAAUAUCGAAACACUGCUUUUGUAUGUCUUUUGGUGUUAGUACUGUAUCUGAUGCUUAUAAGGUCCAAAACUAUUCCAGGACUUAGUAGUCUAUUCAGAAGAUUUGGUCCUGGAGCAUAUUACUGA